AUGCAGCGUGUCGUGUACCCCGUCAUCGUAGCGCUACUGUUGCUUCAGCAGACAUGCCUAGCGCGAGAACUGACCUCUGCGCGAGGUCGCAGAGAUGCCCAGAGGGAGGACAGCGAGAGUGUGGUUUCCGCCACAUUGAUUCCUGGCUCGAAAACCGACGAGUCGAAGGAUGACCUCGCGACGGCUGCUUCAGGGCACCAGGCUCAUCACCACGAGUCAGGAGGUGGACAGAGUCAUCACUCGCAUCAUCACGAGGAACAUGGUGAGGAGGGCGGGAAGGGAUACAAGAGUCAUCAUCACCAUGACAAGAAUGAUAAGGGAGAACACGACAAGCAGCAUCAUUCUGGUCAUCACGAGGAGCAUGGUGGCCACAAGAAGGGACAUCAUGACGAACACGAGAAGUAUGGAGAACAUCACGAGGGUGAGAAGGGUCACAAGGGUGGCAAAUUUGGGGAGAAGAAGGGACACAAGAAAGGUCACAAGACGAAAGGGUACCACAAUAAGUUUCAUAAAGAUGAGUAUCACAAGGAGCACAAGUUCUAUGAUGAUUAUCAUAAAGGGGGACACCAUAAGAAGCACGGUGACUUCCAUGGACACCACGAAAAGAAGGAAGGAGAGCACAAGAAAGGAGGUCACCAGCAUGCUGGAUACCAUGAGGAUCACCAAGGCAAGAAAGGUCAUCAUAACAAGGGUCACCUUGACGAGGAGCAUAAAGGUCAUCAUGGAAAGCAUGGACACGACGAGCAUUAUAGUCACCAUGAUUCUUAUGGGAAGAAAGGUGACCAUCAAUCAGGGAAGAAAUUUGGAUACAGUAAAGGACACAAGGGUUGA